AAGUAACCGGGCCGGUUUGAUUUUGUUUGCCAGCGCAUCGCACCCAAUCCUAUUCCUUCCCCUCUUUCGUCUUUGAUUCUUCAUCAAAAUCACACUUGAACAUCUUCUUCUUGUCAAAUCGAGAGAACACAGUUUGCACAGGUGCAGUGAACCGCCGGUUUAACCACUGAUCCUGCACCUCCGGGGACUCACUGUCCGAUAACACUGGUCGUCACAGCACUUCAAUUCAUCGGCAAUGACACAUCCUUUCUGACCGAGGAGGCAUGACAUGCCGUCGUUUUGAAUCUCAGCCGUUGCUCAAAUCCAUUGAUAACCACUUCUCUUCACAAAAAGUGGAACUGUAUAACUAAUCAUGAUUUAAAUCACAAAUAUAAAAAGUAAAAAAAUGACUGAGUUUUCGAUUGCUAAUCGGAGAUAUGGUUACCUACAUGAACGGAAGUGGCCUUCGGAAGCAAUUGAUAUGCACCAUGUUAUGGUGAGGAAGAGUAAUGGAAAGGGUUUCUUCGUGUUUUUUUCAGCUCUCAUCGUUCUCGCAAAUGCUUCAUAUCUCUUCCUAGUCAAGAAUAAAUCAAUCAGCGCUCUUUUGUGGAGCUUUUUUUUUAGCGCGUUCCUUGUCAAACUAAUGUUUUGGAAGCGUGUCAUGAAAGAGUCUGUCAUGGUUAUGCCAACUUUUGGAGUUCAACUUGAAACACACUAUUUGAGUGGAAGAAUUGUCCGUCGCUUUGUUCCUAUUGGCAAGAUUUUGAAACCUAUGUUGCUGGAAUGUGUGUCGCCAAUUACUUGUUACUGGAGCUUGUCUCUGCUUCUGCGAGGAGAAGCAGAACUAAUGUGGGUUUUUAAGGAAUUACAACCUCCUGUGAAGAUGUUGAUCCCUAUCUGGAAGGCCUUGUGUGAUGCUUCUGGCAUUAAAGAAGGCUCAGACACCUUGGAGGAUGUCAGCUAAAAAGAUGAGAUGCACCUAGAAGUCAGCGGAGGACCAUUUGCAGUAAAGCAGGUCUUAAGAGAUGAUGCUUUAUCUUAUCCUCUAAAGCAGGAAAAAAAAGACCAUUAGCCAUUCCUACUCACAAUUUACUUCAUCAAUACACUAUCAUUUCACGAGGGCCAUUUUUCACUGCAGGGAACAGAUUGGUGCUCACUUUUUAAGCUACCUCAAGGAAUUCUGUACAUGGAGAUAUCUUCAGGUUUAAUAUAGCAUACUCUUUCAUACUGGGUAAAGGAACAUAAAUUACCAAGUUUGAUUGCUGAGUAAUUUUAAUGCCAAACAAAAUCAUGAUGUUUCACUGGUGUCUCAACACUCACCCUUAUAGGCUGUGUUUGUUUUUGUACUCAAAAAGAAUUUUUGAAAGUUUUUUUCUUUAAAUUAAUUUUUUUUCUUCAAAAACCUUUUUUAAUACGAUGAUAUUAAAAUUUAAUUUUAAAAAAUAAAAAAUAUAUAUUAUUUUGAUGUAUUUAAAAAAAAUUAUUAUGAAAAGCAAUUGCUAUUAUAAUCUAUCUUAAAAAAAUACUAUCAUAGAAAAUAACCUUUUGAGGCUGGUUGAUUGAAACAUAGUUAUUGAACAUGAUUAUGAUGGAACAUAUUAACCUUGACUUGGAAUUGAACAUAAUCUAUAGCAAGCUUGAAUCUUUGCACAGGAUCCAUGAAAAUGGUGUGGGUCUUCUCCGUAAGUUGAGGAAGCCAUAUGGCUAGACAUCAAUAUGAACAUAGACGACAAACUUGUCUUAGUACGAUUGACAUUGAAUAGACUCAUCGAACGGGCAGUUCUGACCUAAUAUCAGAGAUAAUGUCCUACAGGUGAUCCCCGCUCUCUCACGUUUGCCGUGCAGAUACACACCAAGGAAAUUUACAGACAUCUUCCCCAUCAAUGUCGAGGCAUGAGUGUUAAUCUCAUUUUGUGAGAAUUGAGUGUUGAACUGCUGAUCUUUGAGUUAAUGUGACGUGAAACCACAAGGUGCUUUGAAUAGAAACAUGGCAGUCUCCAUCUAUCAACGAUGUUGCCAAGGGAGAAGACUAGGCUUCCUUAAAGAGCUCUUGAUGCUUAGUACGCUUUCCAUCUCUCCCUCUAUAGGAGACCUCAUCGGGAGAUGAGAACAAUUUGUUCAAGUGUUAAAUGGCCUAGAAUAAUAGAGUUUCUUUUUUCACUAGCAUGCACGGUGUCGAUGUUUGGGACACGACAGCCAAUGCCGGCCGAAGAUUUGCUGACGAUCAUCUCUCUUGUAACUUGUAAGCUUGCAUUGGCUGGCUAGGAUGUUUCUGCAGUUCAUUUUCUUAUAUAUUUCGGUUUCAACUUGGCCAGGA